AUGCAUUCUCUUCAAUCCUUUUUCCCAAUCCCAUACUCUCUCUCUCUCUCUCUCUCUCUCUCUCUCUCUCUCUCUCUCUCUAUUAUUCUUUCUCUCUCACUAUUUCUCUUUCUUUAUUUACAUCUCUUUGUCCUUCACUCUGUUUUCUCUCUCUUUCUUUCUCUCUUUAUUUUCUAUACUAAAGUCUUUGUUCUCUUUUUUUUCUCUUUUUUAUUUUUUAUAUCUAUUCUUUUCCUUGAACUAUUUUUCUUUCAUCUUUUACUUAAUUCUCUGAAUUUCUUCACUGUCCUCAGUUUGUUCUUUUUGGUUCACCCUUCUAUUUCUUUCUUUCUUUCUUUCUUUCUUUCAUUUUUUUUUUUCUUUCUUUCAUUUUUUUCUUUUUUUUUCUUUUUUUUUAAUUUUUUCUUUUUUUUAUUUUUUAUAGCUAUUUUAUUCCUUCAAACAUUUUUCUUUCAUCUUUUUCUUCAUUCUCUUAAUUUCUUCCCUGUUCUCUCUUUGUUCUUCAUGUUGGUUUUCCCUUCCAUUUCUUUGUUUCUUUCAUUUUUUUCUUUGCUUCUUUUAUUUUUUUAUAGCUAUUUUUUCCUUGAAAUAUUUCUCUUUCAUCUUUUUCUUCACUCUCUUAAUUUCUUCCCUUUUCUCUCUUUGUUCUUCAUGUUGGUUUUCCCUUCCAUUUCUUUGUUUCUUUCAUUUUUUCUUUGCUUCUUUUAUUUUUUUAUAGCUAUUUUUUCCUUGAAAUAUUUCUCUUUCAUCUUUUUCUUCACUCUCUUAAUUUCUUCCCUUUUCUCUCUUUGUUCUUCAUGUUGGUUUUCCCUUCCAUUUCUUUGUUUUUUCAUUUUUUUUUUUGCUUCUUUUAUUUUUUUUUAUAGCUAUUUUUUCUUUGAAAUAUUUCUCUUUCAUCUUUUUCUUCACUCUUUAAUUUCUUCCUUUUCUCUCUUUGUUCUUCAUGUUGGUUUUCCCUUCCAUUUCUUUGUUUCUUUCAUUUUUUUCUUUGCUUCUUUUAUUUUUUUAUAG